UGACAAUAUAACAUACUCGGACACCACGAGAUUUGGAAAUCGAUCGCGUGAAAAUCGUUUGUCUGCUCCUACUCCAUACAGACCAAAGGAAUAUAUCGUCUCCACUAGACCUCGUCCUAAUUCUCAAAUAAUCCUUCCGACUUCAAUGCAACAUUAUGGUUCAUUUGCAAUGCCUAAUUCUGAUCAAGAAUUUCGCAUGUUGGCUAGAAUAUUAAAUUGGCCUACUCAACCAGGUCAAAGUCCUGUUAAUCAAAUAUCUGGUCAAGUCGGUAAUCCUUUAACUAAGGAUAAUAUGGUAGACGAUGGUGAAAUAAUAUUUGAUACAUCAUCAAUUGACCAAGAGGGAGAUAUUCAACAAUCUAAAGGGCAACAUCCUCAUAAAUCUCAAUCAACAUUUUAUAUACCUCAAGAACGCUUUUCUGUAGCUGCUGCAAUGCGUCAGAUGACUAAACCUUUACAAGCGCCAGAGGUACCUCCACUCAUUUCAGCUAAUUAUGGUAAAGAAAUUUUCGAUCAAAUAAAGUCGGAUGAUGAUCCUAGACUUAUAGUUUGGUCAAUAUCCAGAGCUCAGGAAAUAAAACAUGGUUCUACAUUAUCACUUUCUACUAAUUCUUCAAGACGAUGGAGUUUUCAUGAUUACACUUUCUUGACGGAUUUUUUCUUAACCUAUCGAAAAUUUAUAACUCCAAUAAAGUUAUGUAAAUUAUUGAUCCUAAGAUUUGAUUGGGCACUUGAUGGAGAUGAUGAAAAACGAAGGCUUGUAAGAGUCAGGACUUUUGUAACUAUACGUCACUGGAUUUUAAAUUAUUUUGCUUAUGAUUUUAUUCCAUGUCGUACUCUAAGAACUACAUUGACUAAAUAUCUAAAUAAACUUCCUUCACAUCGAUUGGUGAAAAAUUCUCCACGUGAUCAAAGAAUAGUACAAGGAUUAAAAAGGGUUAUAAGGAGGUUAAAGAGAAUAUAUUAUAGAAAGAGUGCCAUAGAUUAUAUGGAUAAAGGGGGUGAUAUGUCUAGUAUUGGUUCAAAAAAAUUGGGUAAAAAGAACAAUCAAGGUCUUAAUAUAAUAAUUGAUAGUGGUGGUGGUGUAGGUACAUCUUUAAUUGAAGAACCGACUAUAUCAUAUAAUAGUAGUAAUUAUAAUACUGUAAAAGAAAAACAAUUAAAUACAAUUGUUAAUUCUGAAUCGGAUGUAAUAGACUCUUAUACUCCUAAUAUUAAAGAAACUACUCAAAAUAUUAUAUAUUCUAGUAGUAGUAAUUCUCAUACUAGUGAUGAAGAUUUAUCUUCUAAAGCAACACAUGAAUUUUAUGAUCAAAAAUG